GCAGUUUAUCAUCCGCUCCACCAGGCGGCAGAAGCUUGAGUGACUUCAAUCACUUUAACCAGAUAAUUCGGAUUCUUCCUUGACAUCAAUCUUCAGGCGCCACACACGGUUCAUGUCCAUAAAAAGGGAUGUGUUUGGCACGUACAGUCAGGGACGUGUGGACGGACAUUGACUAAUGAUGGACAGAAUGAGAGAUGUGUUUGGAGCGUCACACCCAGGGACGUGUGGACUGACAUUCGCUCUAAUGAUGGACUUCUGCUCGUGGAUGGGACAUGGGCCAGUUUAUCAGUGAUGCAGCAAGGGUUCCAUUGAAGCCCCAUAUCGAGGAAAGUAGAGCACAGAUCAGAAAGUAAGGGAGUGUGAUCAAGACAUGACCAGAUUCAAACCGAAAUUCUCCAACACCUUGAGUUAGAAGAGGACAUGGCCAAUCCGUUUGAGACGUGGCACACCGUCGACAGGACACCAGACGGUUAAGGGAGUUGUUUGGAGCGUACAGUCAACAGAAGCAGAGCUCUGGAACGUGUGGACAGACAUUCACUGUAAUGAUGGACAUCUGCUCUUGGACAGGUUAAAGAAAAUGUGUCAUCAAUCAUUUCUAUCAAACAAUCUGUGUUUGUUUGUAUGAAAGAACAUCUGAUGUAUGUUGCUUUAAUUUGAAGAAGACCACAGAUGAGAAAGCAGUGGUGCACAAUCAAGACAUGACUGGCUUUGAACUUGCAUCCCAGCAGCUCCAACAUAUAUAUUGAGGAUAAGCACAGACCACUGCACCAAAGCUCCCAUGCAGCAUUUUACAUACCCAAACCAGGACAGGGACCCAUCAAAAGUGACCCAACCCAACAAGGGAGACACAUUGUCAUGAAGAGGGCUGGUGCAGAUCUCCUGUCCCGGCUCCAUCGCCUCAGCAUGAGGCUCUACAGUUGCAUUCUGAGAUAAUCUACAGGCUUUGGGUAUCAGACCAGAGGCAGAUAGAUGAUCCUUCUACAGGUCAAAGGUGCUCUCCUGCAUGAUGCCUCAACGCAAAUCAAUGCAUCCACCUCAUCGGGCACCACUAAACCCCCCUCAGUGGACAUCACUAAACCCACCUCAGUGGACACCACUAAACCCCUCUCAGUGGACACCACUAAACCCGCCUCAGUGAUCCCCACUUCACCCACCUCAUCUAACCCCAUUAUAUCCACCGCAAUGAACCUGAUCUCCACUAAACCCUCCACACUGAAUCUGGAAGCAUCCACCAAACUGAACCCCACUACAGUAAACCCCACUACACCCACCAAACAGAACAUCACUAAACCCAUCCCUACACAAAACCCCACUACAUCCAACACUACACCCGCCGAACUGAGCCCCACUACUUUAAAGCAUCCCACUACUUUAAAGCAUCCCACAUCAUCUUUGUCACCCCACUCCACUCCUUUGGCGUCUUUGACUACUAAAGAGCCAACCCAGCAACCCAGUACGUCUGAUUCACCCCGAGUUACAACCCAAAUCACAACAAUUCAACUCACCACAACCAACACAAAUCCUACAGACUCCAAAGUUCAACAGUCCUACAGUACUAAAAGUUCAACACCAUUCAGCCAAGAUACCACCAGCUCAAAUGAACCUGCAACCACUACCAAUAAAAGAAGUGGAACUUCCCCAAACUACCAGACAGUCCCAUCAGCUGGUACCGCAAAUCCAGCAACAGAGCCUACAUCGACUGUUUCUCAAGAUUUUCCGAAACAGGAAACACAAACAACUUCUGCUCCGAUCACAUCAACCACACUUCCGGGCACAACAAGACCUGUCAACGUGGAUAAUAAAAACCCUACUUCAGAAAAUUUCACACAUGAUGUCUUUGAUCUGAGUCACAGCAGUAACGGGAACGUCGUGCAUGAAACCUGUAAGAAGCUGGGUCAGAAUCUGAAAGGAAAUUGCUCGGUCACUGUGGAAAUUCAAGGCAAUAAAUUAAUUGGAACAUUUACAAUAAACGCUGACCAAAUGAUACCGACAGAGAGCUACAAACCUCAAAAACAGGAAGAUGACGUUACAACAGACAAGGAGACGAUACCAGACACGUUGAUUGCCAUCUUGGCUUCGUGUGGCGCUUUGGUGCUCAUUUUGUGCUGCUUUGCUGGAUACUGCACUUAUCAUCGCAGAUCCUACAGGAAGAACCAGCAACACCUGACGGAAGAGCUGCAGACAGUGGAGAAUGGUUAUCAUGACAAUCCCACACUGGAGGUGAUGGAGAUACAGCCCGAAAUGCAAGAGAAGAAACUGACAUUGAACGGGGAGUUCAACGACAGCUGGAUCGUCCCCAUAGACAACCUACUGAAAGAGGACAUACCCGAUGAAGAAGACACCCACUUGUAAUGGCACCGGAUGAGCCGUCAGGAGCGGGAAACCUGCUGCUCUCAUAACGGUAGAUUGUGACCAGACAGAAUGUAGGAAAAGCAGAGAUUGAUGUAAAGACUAUCAAACGACAAUGGUUUCAUUUGCUGCCGGGAUGUAUAUGCUGUAAUUAAGUAGUUAGAUGUCAAGUAAGUGCUAGAAAUAGCUUUUGUGUGUCACUGUCUAUGGGAAAGGGAAAAGUCUGAGUUGUGUAUAUGGACUGUCAAUGCACAAUCUUUGUGCCUUAACUUUACUUCAUCACAUUUAUUUUAAUUUUAGCAUAUCGCUUGGCUAACAAUCUGGCCUGUUUCUAAUUUAAAACAGAUUUGGUUCAAUAAUUUUCAGUAUUGAGUUAAAAAAUGAAUUUUGAAUUUAUAUUUUUUGUGAUUUUUCGCUCAGCAUCUUGGAAGUUUUUUCCCACUGCAGUGCAUUUGUGGACUGCCUUCUAAAUGUGAUUCUGCCUUAGAGUUUGUUCAAAAUGAGGCAUCUUAAAAUGCAGCAUGUUCACUGCCUCCGCAUCGGAGGCAUGCCUUAUGAUCAGGAUUGCCAGGUCUGUGCAACAAAAUUAGCCCAAUGGCCGAAUUCUCCACUGAAUUUGUACAUCUGAGGGGUGUUUUGGGGCUGUUGGAGUGCCAAAAUCGUACAUACAGGGGUGGAAAUCAACCCGCAAGAAUUUUUUUUUUUUUUUUUACCUGCGGCAACAACUUAAAAGCACAAUUCCGCAGAUUUGACAACACUGCUCAUGAUGCCUUAAAAUGCCUUUAAGCACUGUCAAGUUUAAGUUUCAUGUGCAAAUUGCUCUGUUUUUCUCUAAAACUAUAUAUUCAAGAUUCAGGGUUCACACAGUUUUUGAUCAGUAAAUGUCCAUGAUUUUUCCAUGAGUUUUCCAAUAAUGUGAUUUUAAAAAUCACAUUAUGGAGACAGCAGUCACAAAGUAACUUUUCAUUACUAUUAGAAAUUUCCAUUACUUUUAGGAAAUCUCAUUAAUCCAGGACUGUUUGAACCCUGUAUUCGUUCUUGAGAUGAACGCAAUUGUUACGCCUGUAUAUAAUGCUUAUUUUUUAUGCUUUUUUUUUUUCUUUUUCAUUAAGUUUGUUUUCUGUUUAGGGAAGAUUAACACUCAUAUAGGCACAACAUUACACUGUGACCAAUGGAUAAUUCAUCCUGGUAAAUUAGACUAUGGUUCAAGAUAACUUUUGCAUUUUCUUCCCUCUGCACUACUUGCGUCUUUGUGUUGGUAAUUAUGUAUGAAGGUUUACAAUCUCGUUAACCUGAAACAAUUGACACUAAAUCCAACAUAACUCACUCAAGUUUAUUUACAGGUAUUAAAUAUUCAUAAGCCAACUUCUUUAAUUAGAAUUUUCAGUUUAGUAAAUUGAUCACCUUUUUGUUUGGGGAUGGUUUAUUUAAUUGUUUUGAUGUUGAUUUCACCAAAACAUUUUUACAAUUUUUUUUGUUGUUGUUGUUGUAUUUGCAUGUACUACACCAAUUUUCAUUAAGAGAUUCACUGCUGCCUCAGUUUAGCCGAUCUACUUCCACCAAAGUAUUAAGGUUGAAUUUAUUGCUGUAUUAUGUAUUUGAAGUCAGUUUGCUGCUGUGCGAACGACAGGGGUCUGAUACACUGGAAGCUGCAUCUGUCAGAUUGGACAGGGACAGCCAUGAUUUCUAAUAAAAUUUUAAAAGAAAAA